UCGGGCCCACGAAAGAGAGUUCCACCCGUGUGACCACGCGAUGCCAAUGGCACAGUGUGCGUUCUCACCCUCUAUGACUCAUGAUAUCUGCUAUCGUCUGGACUCUGGGUAAGUUAUGCGAGAUAGUAGUUGAAGACAGGGGGCACCUUCUCUCUCAACCUCUCUGCCAUGUCCCAAGUCAAGUACUACCACCAUGGUCGCUUCCGUGUAGCUGGCGGAGUCCUUCCCGACGCGUUCACGGCAUAUUGUACGUACGGAGACCCGAAGAAUCCGUGCAUUGUUUUCCCCACGUGCUAUGGCGGACGACUGGACAGCCAGGACUACAUGAUAGCAUCGGACAAAGAGUCCCACGCCCUAGAUCCUGCCAAGUAUUACAUAGUUACCCUAGCGCUGUUUGCUAAUGGCGAGUCCUCUUCGCCGUCAAACACAGCUCCUCCGUACAAUGGACCGUACUUCCCCGCUGUCUCCUACGCCGAUAAUAUCCGAGCCCAAUAUGCCGUUCUGACGACAGUCCUUGGCGUGCAGAAGGUUCGCUGCGUCAUCGGGUUCUCCAUGGGCGGCCAACAGGCAUACCACUGGGCGGCCAUGUACCCAGACUACGUCGAGAAGUUCAUAGCAAUUUGCGGCUCAGCUCGGACGAGCCCCCACAACAAGUGCUUCUUGGAGGGCCCCAAGGCGGCCCUUGUCGCCUCCAAAGACUUCAACGACGGCCACUACAAAUCCCAGCCCGACAUCGGCGUCCGUGCCUUCGGUCGCGCCUACAGCGCGUGGGCCUACGGACAGACCUGGUUCCGCCAGCACGGCUACCUGCACGACGGGAAGUACGCCUCGCUCGACGACUUCCUCCGCGCGGAAUGGGAGGGCGGCUUCCUCGAGUGGGACGCGAACGACCUCCUCACGCUACUCCGUACCUGGCAGGACGGCGACAUUACCGAGUCGGUCGGUGGUACGGUGGAGCUUGCGGACUGUCUUGCGGGAUUGAAGCCGAAGGGGUUGAUCAUGCCGUGUAAGACGGACUUGUAUUUCCCGCCGGAGGAUAGCGAGAAUGAGAUUGCCCUCAUGAAGAAUGGGUCGAAGCUGGUGGUCAUCGACUCCGUUUGGGGACAUAUGGCUGGAGGCGGUUCGAACGACAAGGACACCAACUUUCUUGAUGAGCAGAUCGCAAGCUUCCUCGCGGAAGCUUGAAUUACCCACGAAUGCUGCGCCAGACCACGAGAAGACGAUCAUGUAGUGGCAUUUGGAGGACGAUUGUACAUAUAUCCGUGCAUUUACCUCUUCUGUGACGCAUGUGUCGUGUCUAUACCAUGAGUAUCGACAAGCGCGCGAUAAGAUGCAAGCACACAUGAGUUCGAUACCCU